CACGCCAGCGUUAGAAUAACGACCAUGUCACCGUGUAGUGGCUGUCGUCCAGUUUUCCAAUACUGUGAGCCGGGUGUUUUACGAUGUGUGGACUGCAGUUUACCUUGUGGUGCCACUGACAACCAGCUGUUGCAGUUUGACUGUAUGCAACACUGUAAAGCGUACAAUGCCCUGCGACUAAGCACACGAGCGCCAGAGACCAGGUCUAGCAAAUAUUCAGCUCGACCUUCCGACCUCGACCUCCCUGCCUCGACCACACCCACCCUUCCUCGAGAGACAGAUCGCCCUCUACCGGUCAUCCGUGGAGUUACAUUCACCGUGGUGGGCGUGGUCGCCUUGGCUGUGGUUUUUGCUCUCGUCAGCGUAGCCAUCGCGGUUCUGAUUUGUAGACUGCGCAAAAGAUAUCGAAAGAGGAGUAUACAACGAGAGACUGAAGCUUGUGAACUAGCCGUGUUCGUGCCUGAACCUGCUAUAGAGCCAGCUAUGGACCCGCUGUGUAUUGUAGAUAAAAGCUUCGAUGCCGGGAUCCCGCUCGGCACCACAGAACAGGGACCGUCUCAACCUUCCAGCUACGGUGGCGCCACCAGUCGGAACCAGGAUGACUUGGCCACCACAGCUCUCCUCAUCUGUCGGGAUCUUAAUGCCCAUGGGGAUUCUGGGAAGUGUGUCGUUCCCCCAGAGGAGGACACGAGGCUCAAAAGUUUUGGUUGAGUGGAGACAGUGGAGACUUUGCUGCCGUCUUGUUUCAUUAAAACUUGUCAUAGACUACCGAGCUUUUGAAGCAUAAAUGUUUGUUACAAGCAAAGCUUACAAACUCAAAUCGCAAAGGCUUCGCAUUGCAAUCUCGGUUUUUAAAUCAAUGUGCAAGUGAAGAAACUUGAGUAAAUACAGUUUCAAAUGAGCUCGUUAGAGCCAAAAAAGAAUAAAUGUAGUGUGCAUGAGAGAGAAUGUGAACAAUAAUG